UUUUGUAGUACAAAUCUCUCCCCUUCAGAAACCAAAACAAGAAUAUGUUUUUGUUACUCUUCGCGUCUGCAUCUGCGUCUGAGUCAUCUUUGGCAGUUAGCAUUGGCCCUUUGCGUGUUUGGUUGCUUCUCAUCUCCUCUGCUCACUGAGAAGAAGGUAGAGAGCUUUGAAUUGAGAGUGGGUAACAAGGAAUCAGAGCAGAGCUUAAAGAAGAAGAAAGAGGGAAUAUAAUAGUGGAGAGAGCUCCUUUUGAGUUUGUCGAUUAGAGAAGAGGUGAAGAAGGGAAAGGACCUUGAAGAAGAAAAACUUGUCUUUUUAUUGAAUUUUUUUUUUCUUGGGUUUAGAAUGCCGAUGGAAUUCUGACUGAAAGAGAGGCUUUUCGCUGAAUCAAACCGCGGGGAUUCUCCUUUUGUGGAGCAGUGUUGGAUUUUGCAUCUGGGUUUUUGUUUUCAGAGUCUUUUGGUUGGAGUCUGGCCCCAAAGCCGCCUCCUUUUCUAGUUAUUUACGCUGAAGGAUCCUAUCCCCUAUCUGGGGUUUUGAGUUUAGAUGCUCUACUCAAAGAGAAUUUGACGCUGAUUGUUUCUGGAGGGAUUUUGGUAUCUGGGUUUUUGUUGAGAGGGGUUCUACUUUUGGGAAAUUGAUGGAAUUAGCUCAGUUGUUCUGGUGUUUUUGCUGCUGAAAUGGAGAGAAGAAAUUGUUGCCCCUUUUCGAUGGUGAGCUUGGUGCUAACAUUAUUGGGUUUGCUUCAAGUUUCCUCUGCAACUCUUUCGCCUUCGGGUAUAAACUAUGAAGUGGUGGCGUUGAUGGCCAUAAAAUCAGACCUAAAUGACCCAUAUAAUGUUCUUGAAAAUUGGGACAUUAACUCAGUGGAUCCAUGUAGCUGGAGGAUGGUCACCUGCUCUGCUGAUGGAUAUGUCUCCGUUCUAGGCCUACCGAGCCAGAGCUUGUCUGGGACUCUAUCACCUGGAAUUGGAAAUCUAACAAAACUUCAAUCUGUGCUGCUGCAGAACAAUGCUAUUUCUGGACCUAUACCUGCUGAUAUAGGAAAGUUGGAGAAGCUCCAAACGCUGGAUCUUUCUAGCAAUCAGUUCAGCGGCAGCAUUCCUAGUUCCCUUGGUGACCUGAAGAACCUGAAUUAUUUGCGAUUGAAUAAUAACAGCCUUUCUGGAGCCUUGCCUGGUUUAAUGUCAAACAUCAAAGGUCUCACUCUCCUGGAUCUUUCUUAUAAUAAUCUAAGUGGCUCUAUACCAAAGAUUUCUGCAAGAACUUUCAACAUUGUAGGAAAUCCUUUAAUUUGUGGUCAAAAUUCAGUGAGUAACUGUUCUUCCGUUUCUCUAGAGUCCAUUUCAUUUCCACCAGAUGACCUUAAGGCUCAAUCACAGCCUGGAGUGAUGAGAAGACGUCGUGUGGCUAUUGCAUUUGGUGCAAGUGUUGGUUCUGUUGUUGUGGUAAUCAUUGUUGUUGGACUGCUUCUUUGGUGGCAUCGGCAUCACAGUCGACAGGUUUUCUAUGAUGUAAAUGACCAAUACGAUCCAGAAGUACGUUUAGGUCAUUUGAAGCGUUAUUCUUUCAAGGAGCUCCGAGCAGCUACCAAUCAUUUCAACUCGAAGAAUAUUUUAGGAAAAGGUGGCUAUGGAGUUGUGUACAAAGGCAGCUUGCGUGAUGGUACAAUUGUAGCUGUGAAAAGGCUGAAAGAUUAUAAUGCUAUCGGUGGAGAAAUUCAAUUCCAAACCGAGGUUGAAAUGAUAAGCUUGGCUGUUCACAGGAAUCUCCUUAGACUAUGUGGAUUCUGUAUUGCUGAUAAUGAGAGACUUCUUGUUUACCCUUACAUGCCUAAUGGAAGUGUUGCUUCUCAACUUAGAGAGCAUGUACGUGGAAGGCCGGCUUUAGACUGGUGGAGGCGGAAAAGAAUAGCAUUGGGGACGGCAAGAGGACUGUUGUAUUUGCAUGAGCAAUGCGAUCCUAAAAUAAUUCACCGUGAUGUUAAAGCUGCAAAUAUUCUCCUUGAUGAAGAUUUUGAAGCAAUUGUUGGAGACUUUGGACUGGCAAAACUAUUAGAUCAUAAGGAGUCUCAUGUGACCACCGCAGUAAGGGGCACUGUUGGUCAUAUAGCUCCUGAAUAUUUGUCGACAGGGCAGUCCUCAGAAAAAACUGAUGUUUUUGGCUUUGGGAUCUUAUUACUUGAACUGAUUACUGGUCAAAAAGCCCUGGAUUUUGGACGAGCAGCAAUUCAGAAAGGGCAGAAAGGCGUGAUGCUUGACUGGGUGAAGAAGCUGCAUCAAGAGAACAAGUUGCAUACAAUGGUGGACAAGGGUCUGAAGAACAACUAUGACAGGAUCGAAGUUGAAGAGAUGGUUCAGGUUGCACUACUCUGCACUCAGUUCCACCCAUCACACCGGCCCAAGAUGUCUGAAGUCGUCAGAAUGUUAGAAGGAGAUGGACUUGCCGACAAGUGGGAAGCCUCAUCCCAAAACAAGGCGGACACUCCCAAAUUCCCUCCUCGGUCCUCAUCUUUAGAGCCGCAACCAAUGUCUCCAACUUAUUUAGACUUCGUAGAGGAGUCAUCCCUUGAUGUUGAAGCUAUCGAGCUUUCAGGGCCUAGAUGACACGAGAAAACUAAAAGAAAGAAAGAAGAGAAAUUCAAUUGUACAUUGUUUUGGUUGCUCGCGAAAUGGAAGGAAUAUGUAAUUUUUUUUGGCAGCGGUGUUUAUUUAGAUGAUGUUGAUGGAAGAUGGACGUUGAUUGCAUGGUAUUCUUUAUACAAAGUUGAAGAAACUAAAAGGGACAGAACAUAUUAUUUGGGGG